AUGCUGGACCCCAACCAGCGGCAGAUGAUUUUCGCCAAGUUUUUGGAUGCAUCGUGGCAGAUCUUCCGGAGUCAGAUGCUUGAGGCCUACGCAGAAACCGCAUUGUUGGAGGCACCUCAGGAGACCCUUCCUGCGCUCAAAGCGCGUGUGAGGAGCCUCGAAGCAGAGGUCUCGAAAGUUUGCGAAGUCACCAGACGAGAGCUCGAAACUGGCCAAGUUGUCGAGCGGUACGACCACAGCUUUCUUCCUCCCAAAGAGAGUCGGCAAGUGGAGCUGCUGUAUGCACGGUCAACUGGCAGCGACUCGCCGAAGGCUCCAACCCCCAAGGCCGCUUCGGUCAUGGAGCCCUUAGAAGAGGACACCAACAUGUCGGAUCAAGUGGUCUCCCGGCAGAACACGGCCGGGGAGAGUGUCGUAGACCAAGAGGUGGGUAGCCAAGUCGCCGCGGGCGAUGGGGAUCCCUUGCUACAUCGCGAGGACAGUGACA